GGAUGAUUCUGUCCCAGAGGAUAAUAUUUGGAGGGGUAUCCUCUCUGUGAUUUUCUUCUUUUUAAUCAUCAGUGUUCUAGCUUUUCCUAAUGGACCCUUUACGCGUCCCCACCCUGCAAUAUGGAGAAUGGUUUUUGGUCUCAGUGUGCUCUAUUUUCUGUUCCUGGUGUUCGUGCUCUUCCUUAACUUUGAGCAGGUAAAAGCAGUGAUGUACUGGCUGGAUCCUAAUCUUCGAUAUGCCACAAGGGAAGCAGAUAUUAUGGAGUAUGCUGUGAACUGCCAUGUUAUCACCUGGGAGAGAAUCCUCAGCCACUUCGAUAUAUUUGCUUUUGGGCAUUUCUGGGGCUGGGCUAUGAAGGCUUUGCUGAUCCGCAGCUAUGGGCUGUGCUGGACUAUUAGUAUCACCUGGGAGCUCACUGAGCUCUUCUUCAUGCACCUUCUGCCUAAUUUUGCUGAAUGCUGGUGGGAUCAAGUCAUUUUGGACAUCCUGCUUUGUAACGGGGGUGGCAUCUGGUUGGGCAUGGUAGUUUGUCGUUUCUUGGAGAUGAGGACCUAUCACUGGGCAAGCUUCAAGGACAUUCACACGACCACAGGGAAAAUCAAAAGAGCUGUAUUACAGUUCACCCCAGCCAGCUGGACCUAUGUCCGCUGGUUUGAUCCGAAGUCUUCGUUUCAAAGAGUAGCUGGAAUCUACCUUUUCAUGAUCAUUUGGCAGCUGACUGAGUUGAACACAUUCUUUUUGAAACAUAUCUUUGUGUUCCAAGCAAGCCACCCUUUAAGCUGGGGGAGAAUUCUCUUCAUAGGAAUCAUUACAGCACCCACUGUAAGGCAAUACUAUGCGUACCUCACAGAUACACAGUGCAAGAGGGUGGGAACUCAGUGCUGGGUGUUUGGGGUUAUUGCUUUCCUUGAAGCUAUUGUGUGCAUAAAGUUUGGACAGGAUCUUUUUUCCAAAACACAAAUACUGUAUGUUGUGUUUUGGCUUCUCUGUGUGGCCUUUACAACUUUCCUGUGUUUAUAUGGUAUGGUUUGGUAUGCAGAAUACUAUGGCCUCCGAGAAAAGACCUUAUCAGAAAGUGAAGACAGCCCAUACAGUCCAGAUGCUUCCUGGCUUCAUUCUAAAUUCAGUAAAGGUGCUGACAAUAGUCCACCAAAACAUUCAGUCAAUAAUGAAAGCCAUUCAUCUAGAAGGAGGAAUCGGCACUCCAAAUCAAAAGUAACGAAUGGAAUUGGCAAAAAGUAAGAAUGGUUUCUGAAGAUAUCCUACAGUGUGACCAGAGUGACAAAGAAAAUCAGACAUGGCUCUGAAUUUCCAAACCGAAGAUUGAUUUUUAAAUUUAAAGAUUAAAGAAAGGAAGUGUUGGAAGAAAAGGAUGAUCAAGAUGGAACCACCAGUGUAGUGCUGAUCAUUGCCUGCUGACACUUGCCAUUCACUGAUUUAAAUCUAGGUUCUUCAGCAUGUGGCACCAAAAGCUAAUGAAGAGUAUGCUGGAAAGAAAAGUAAUUUUAUCAUAGCAGGUACACCCUGUUUUGUGU